GUUGAGCAAUAAAACAAUAAGUAGAUAAGGUUGAUCGGGCAAGAGAAAAUAUCACAGUCAAUGUGCACAAGAACACAUUUUUUGUGACGGAAAAUUGAAGACAAGACAGGACUUUUUGGAGUUCUCAGCAAAGGACAAGACACCGCAGCCAACAGCCACUGCAAAAUUGUGAGAUUUUGGAGUUGAUUUUCCAGAAGGUUGUUAUAUUUUUCCAGAGAAACAAUGGUGUCUUUAGCUCUUGAAAUUGUUGGUGUCACUUUGUCCACUCUGGGAUGGAUUUUGAGUAUUGUUUGUUGCGCCCUGCCUAUGUGGAGGGUUUCUGCAUUCAUUGGCGCCAACAUUGUGACCGCUCAAGUUUACUGGGAAGGCCUAUGGAUGAGCUGUGUGUUCCAGAGCACGGGGCAAAUGCAGUGUAAAGUAUAUGACUCUAUGCUCGCUCUGCCUCAAGACCUCCAAGCUGCCCGAGCGCUUACCGUAGUCUCUAUAAUCAUUGGAAUCCUUGCACUUCUGAUCGCAACUGUGGGGGCCAAGUGCACCAAUUGUAUCCCAGACGAAGGGGUGAAAGCUCGGGUCAUGGCUUCCUCGGGAGGGGCCUUCAUAACAGCAUCUCUCGCUUUGCUUGUUCCAGUGUCUUGGUCUGCAAAUACAAUUGUGGUUGAGUUUUACAGUCCCAUAAUCCCGUCUGGACAGAAGAUGGAGAUCGGGGUAGCGUUGUACCUUGGAUGGGCUGCUGCCGCUCUGCUCAUGAUCGGAGGGUGUAUCCUUUGCUGUAGUUGCCCCCCACAAGAAGAAAAGACCUUCAAGUACAGCAUUCCCCCUCAAAGUCGAGUGGCGUAUUCGGCCGCACCAAGAUCAGUGGCUCAGAGCUCAUAUAACAGGAAGGAUUAUGUCUGAAAGGGAGGACAUCUGUACAUGCUGAAAAUACACCAGAAAAUUGUGACCACCUUUCUAUUGUUAUCUAUCUAUAGUGGUCAAACCUGAAACUACAUUUUGGUAACUAAUUUCUUAACCACAACCAUCACUCAUCUUUUGGAUACUUCACCUGUUCCCCACUGUUGAAGGCUGAUAACUACAGACCAUGGAAGACCAGAAGCUGCAGUUUUGGCAAUUUGUAUAUUUGUUGUCUGAAAUAUCUUGGAAACCUGCGAUUCACCAUGACCACAGUGGUCACAUGAUAUGCCUGAUUAAUCAGCUGUGAUGCUCUCAGAUGUCGUGAAAAACAAAAGGCAGUGACUGUUUACAAUUACCCCUGGUUAAAAGCACUGGCAGUAGCUUAAGACCAGUUUGGUAAGAUACAUUUGAAAGACUUUGUUUUGGAACACUGUUCCAGAUUUAUAUUUAUUAUGUUCUGAUCACUGUAUAUAGAUUAUGUACUGAUCACUGUAUAUAGAUACAAUUAUAGUUACAUUUUAAUAUACUUUUUUCUUUUGUUAAAGCGAUUUCUAUAUAUCAAUUUGUUGACUCCACAUGCUGUCUUCUUUCCUGGUCCUGUGACAAGGAUUACAAAGUCCAAACUGAGUCACACAUUAGAAAUAUUACAUAACUUUGUGAAAUGGGGGUCCAGUGAAAUGGCUGACUUGUAUAUGAAAGGACUAAAGUAAAUGUAUUGCCUGUAUUUGGUUAAACAUAAUGCUUGUAUGUAAUGUAAAUAUGUCAUUUUCUGUUUGAUUGGAUUUUAUCUUAUAUUAUA